AUGGGGAAUUCGUUUGGAUGUUCGGCGUCCGGCGAGAGAUUGGUGUCGGCAGCGAGAGAUGGUGAUUUCGUGGAGGCGAAGAUGCUUCUCGAUUGCAAUCCUUGCCUCGCCAAGUAUUCCACCUUCGGUGGUCUCAAUUCUCCGUUGCAUUUCGCCGCCGCUAAAGGCCAUAACGAGAUCGUUGGAUUGUUGCUCGAGAACGGAGCUGAUGUGAAUUCGAGAAAUUAUUGCGGCCAGACGGCUUUGAUGCAAGCCUGUAGAUACGGACAUUGGGAAGUUGUGCAAACUCUUCUGCUCUUUCGAUGCAAUGUUACAAGAGCUGAUUAUUUAGCUGGAAGAACAGCGCUACAUUUCGCUGCUGUGAAUGGUCACGCCAGGUGUAUUAGACUGGUGCUGGCUGAUUUUGUGCCUAGUGAGAAACUAAACUCUCUCUCUGAGACUGGUGUGGUUGUCGCAGCGAGGAGCAAAUCCGAGCAAAGCGCGUUGUCUAAAUUUGUUAAUAAGGCGGCUGAUGGUGGAAUCACAGCUCUUCACAUGGCUGCAUUGAAUGGAUUAUUUGACUGUGUCCAGCUUUUGCUUGAUCUUGAAGCCAAUGUUUCCGCUGUGACAUUUCAUUAUGGAACAUCAAUGGAUAUGAUUGGAGCAGGAAGCACGCCUUUGCACUAUGCCGCUUGUGGUGGGAAUCUGAAAUGUUGUCAGAUUCUCCUUGCAAGAGGUGCAAGAAGGAUGACAUUGAACUGCAAUGGGUGGCUACCUAUUGACAUAGCACGGAUGUGGAGUCGUCAUUGGUUAGAACCGUUGCUUUCGCCGAAUUCGGAUGUCGUCAUUCCAGGGUUUCCUCAGUCCAACUACUUAUCAUUACCCCUUUUAAGUAUACUCAACAUUGCAAGAGAGUUCGGUUUGCAGUCCGCAACCAUGACAGAUGAGGUCGAUAUCUGCGCGGUUUGCUUGGAGAGAACAUGCACUGUUGCUGCUGAAGGUUGUGAGCAUCAGCUAUGUGUGAGAUGCGCGUUAUAUCUUUGCUCAACGAGCAAUGUUCCCUCGGUGACAGUUGAGCCUCCAGGGUCGAUUCCUUGUCCUCUUUGCAGACACGGCAUUGUCUCUUUCAAACGACUCCCGAGCUCUCUGACUAGAGAAAUGAAGUUACCUAUGUCGCUUGGUUUCUGUGCGCCGUGUAUGCUACACACGGGAGACGCAACGGAUCAAGCGUCACCGGCGACUGAACAGCAGCAACAGAGAAGCAAGACCAGGGCAGCCUCGGUUUCGUCUGACAUGUUCUGUCCUGUAACAUGUAGUCCGUUCCCUUCUGUUAACAUUCCAAUGUGCACCUGCAACGAAGGGACGUGUCCAAACUUUGAGACUCAUGGGACAGAGAGACAUAGCGGAGAAGAUGAUGAGUCUUCUCCUACUAGAGCAACGACUGAGCAGGAGAAGGUAGAGGAAGGGCAAAGGCUUGGGAAAACAACAACUUGCUCGAGCAUGUUUUGGGGAAGAAGAAGCUGCAGCAGAGAGAACCAAUGCAACUCAGAGAUCAAUGCUUGA